UUUUUCUGUUUAGUUCGUGUGACAGCAUAGAACGGUUGGGCUGAAUUUUGAAUGCUUUUUUUCUAGUAAAUAAUAACUUAUGUGUGAAUUACUCUAGAUUAUUUUGUGUAAUCAAUGACUUGUGUGUGUCUGCUCCCUUGCUAACAUUGGUGUACUAGCUCGACUCACGAUAACAGUCGCGCGCCUUAUCAGUUAGUCGAUACACCGGGCCACGAAAACAUCCGAUAGGUUUGUGAAACAAAAACAAUGAUUCGCGAGCUCCCGUCUGAUUUGGCUAAGAUAGCCAAAGAAGAAUUAAAUGAGAAGCCAAAACGGACUAAAGAUGAUGUGAAACACUUAAAGGACUGGAUUGCUAAACAACCGCACUUGAACGCACGAACAGAUGACCAAUGGCUGGUAGCUAUGCUGAGAGGUUGUAAGUUUAGUUUAGAAAGAGUUAAGCAGAAGCUGGAUUUAUACUACACACUGAGGACAACAGCUCCCGAGGUAACAUUGAGGAUUUUGCCUACGGAGGACAAAUUCGUGGAGUUCUUUAAAUUAGGAUCAUGCUUAGUAUUGCCAAAACCAAAGAAUAAAUUGUUCCCAAGAGUCAUACUGAUUAGGGCGGGAGUAUACGAUCCUGAAAAGAAUAGUGUAGCUGAUAUAAUGUGCGUUUUAUAUUAUUUGGUGCAGAUAGCAAUAAUUGAGGACGAUGUCGCUUCAGUAUUAGGAACAAAAAUCAUGGUGGACUAUCAAGGAGUCACUAUGAAUCACUUUGUGCAGGCCACGCCGGGCUUACUGAAGAAAAUGGUCUCCGUAUGUCAAGAUUCUAUGCCUCUGCGAUUAAAAGGUAGCCACCACACGAAUCUUCCAUCGGGAGUUGAAAAGAUUUUCACGCUUAUAUCCGGAUUCUUAAACGAGAAGGCUAAGCAAAGAUUGAAAAUACACAAAACACCCGCUGACUUAAUGGAACACAUACCAAAAGAGAUUGUUCCCACUGAAUACGGUGGUGAUGGCGGUCCAUUGGUCGAUAUAAUAGAGUAUUGGGUGUCUAAAAUAAAAGAAUAUCAGGACUGGAUGCGUCAAGAAGUGAAAUUUGGAACAGAUGAAUCGAAGCGAGCUGGCAAACCCAUGGUGAAAGAAAUGGCGGGCUUAGAUGGAUCCUUCAGAAAACUUGAAAUAGACUGAUUAUAAAUUCUCUAUUUCACCUAGGCUGAUUUAUUUAUGUUGACAAAUUUUAUCUGUUUUUAUUGGUGUACGAACAUUGCGUUUUAAUAAAAAAUAAAUGAAUUAGUUUUUCUUUAUUUA